CUGCAGGUAUGCUUUCUCCCCUUCUCACUCCGUAUCAAAUAACUCAUUCCCACGUUCCUUGGCUUCAAGAACUGUGAGGGACAGGAAUGUGCACUAAGAAUUUGAAAAUUUUGAGACAAAACAGGAAAAUCUCUUGGCAGUCUUCUUUUCAUGAGGAUCUCUUAUGGUAGAUGACUGUUAGACAAAGGCAUUAAAAUUCUGCAAGAAAAAUGCCUGAUUUUCUAAUGGGGACCUGAUGAAGCAGAGGGCAGACGCUGGGAGGCAAUCAUGCUUCAUUUCAAUCCCUGUAUAAAUUGGAAAGAUGUCAAGUCCUGAAUUCCUUGAUCAGUUCUGGUCCAGCCCUCCUUUCAGAAAUUGGAGCAUGUGCAUGCUGACUCUGGGGUAAUGCUUUUCAAGUUUCAUUUCUGCGUGAUGAACAUGAUGGGCAUAUUGAGCAGCAAUCAACCCAGCGUUACAAGAAAAUGGACGUGCAAGCGACGAGCCUCUAUAAAUAGCCAGAAAGUAGAGUUCUUCUUCGAUUUGAACGCGACUCUCACAUUUAAUUCGGUGUUUUGGGGUCUCCUUUUCUCACCAAACCCAUCAAAAAUUCAGAAAUAUCUCUUGCUAUGGAUCCUUACAAGAACCGUCCAUCAAGCGCUUACGAUUCCCCCUUCUGGACCACGAAUUACGGUGCUCCAGUAUGGAACAACAAUUCGUCCUUGACUGUUGGGCCCAGAGGUCCAAUCCUUCUUGAAGACUAUCAUCUGGUGGAGAAACUUGCGAACUUUGAUAGGGAGAGGAUUCCAGAGCGUGUUGUCCAUGCUAGGGGAGCAAGUGCAAAGGGUUUCUUUGAGGUCACCCAUGAUGUCUCUGACCUUACAUGUGCUGAUUUCCUUCGAGCCCCAGGGGUUCAGACUCCUGUCAUUGUCCGUUUCUCCACUGUUAUUCAUGAGCGGGGCAGCCCAGAAACCAUAAGGGAUCCUCGUGGUUUUGCUGUGAAGUUUUACACCAGAGAGGGCAACUUUGAUCUGGUGGGAAACAAUUUCCCUGUUUUUUUUAUCCGUGAUGGAAUAAAGUUCCCAGAUUUGAUACAUGCAUUUAAGCCCAACCCUAAGUCUCACAUCCAGGAGAGCUGGAGGAUCUUUGACUUCCUAUCCCAUGUUCCUGAAAGCUUGCAUAUGCUCAGCUUCCUUUUUGAUGAUUUGGGUAUUCCACAAGAUUACCGGCACAUGGAAGGCUCUGGUGUUAACACCUAUACUCUAAUCAACAAGGCUGGAAAAGUACACUAUGUGAAAUUUCACUGGAAACCUACUUGUGGUGUGAAGUGUUUCCUGGAGGAAGAGGCAGUCAAGGUUGGAGGAACCAAUCAUAGCCAUGCCACCCAGGAUCUAUAUGACUCCAUUGCAGCUGGCAACUAUCCAGAGUGGAAGCUUUACAUCCAAACAAUGGAUCCCAAUCAUGAAGAAAAAUUUGACUUUGAUCCACUUGAUGUGACUAAGACCUGGCCUGAGGAUAUCCUGCCUCUGCAGCCAGUUGGCCGCUUGGUCUUGAACAAGAACAUUGAAAAUUUCUUUGCUGAGAAUGAGCAACUUGCAUUCUGCCCGGGUAUUGUGGUCCCAGGUGUUUCAUAUUCGGAUGAUAAAUUACUUCAGACUAGGAUCUUUUCCUAUUCUGAUACCCAGAGGCACCGACUUGGACCAAACUAUCUGCAGCUCCCUGUUAAUGCUCCAAAGUGUGCUCAUCAUAACAAUCACCAUGACGGUUUCAUGAAUUUCAUGCACAGGGAUGAGGAGGUCAAUUACUUCCCGUCGAGGUAUGAUCCAGUUCGCCAUUCUGAGAGGUUCCCCAUUCCUUCUGCCAUUUGCAGUGGAAAGCGCGAGAAGUGUGUCAUUGAGAAGGAGAACAAUUUCAAGCAACCUGGAGAGAGAUAUCGGUCUUGGGCACCUGACAGGCAAGAGCGAUUCCUACGCCGGAUGGUCGAGUGCUUAUCUGAUCCCCGUAUCACUCACGAGCUUCGUAGUAUCUGGAUCUCCUACUGGACUGAGUGUGACAGAUCUCUGGGUCAGAAGCUAGCAUCUCGUCUCAAUGUGAGGCCAAGCAUUUGAAGAUGAUGCCAGCAUAAUAUUCCAACUCAGAGCGAUGAUAGUGAUUCAGAAGUACAAAAUCAAUGAAUCGUUGGAUUGCUUUACCUUCCAUGUAAUGCGUCUCUUUUGACUAGAUGUUAUCAUCUAAUAAAUUCGAGUUGUAUGCUGUCCAUUCAGACUUGUUUUACUGUCUCUUAAGAUGGUACGGCAUGUGGUUUACUGGAUUCA